UUCCUUCUCCCUCACCCUAGGCGGAGGCGUCAGAAUGCAGGCAGCAACUGCUAGCACCCCUCCCCGGUAUAACCAUCGUCACCAUCCGCUCGCCCGAACGGAAAGCUGUAGUCCAACGGCGUCAGUCAAAGCGAUCCUCCGAGUCGUAGUUGAGGUUGUGGAGAAUAUUUUGGAACUUUAAAAAACGCACGUCGCUCGUUUGUCGUUAUUUUCGCAGUGACGAGAGGCUGGCUGAAAGAUCAACAGUGAGAAGACAAACCAACUGUGUUUGAGGUAGGCUAAGUGGAAAGACGGCAUCCGGCCUCCGAGGCGACACCGAGGGCUGAGACUCGGGUCCAACCAGCGAUUACCGUUUCUGGCCUCUCAGUGGCCCAUGGAAAGGAUGAAGAAGUUUAAAAGGCGUUUGUCACUCACGCUGCGCGGGAGCCAGACCAUCGAUGAGUCCCUGUCCGAACUCGCCGAGCAGAUGACCAUAGAGGAGAACAGCAGCAUGGACAAUGAGCCCAUGGUGAGGAACGGGCGCCCCCCCUCGUCCCACAGCAUGCACUCCUUCCUGCACCAGUACACGGGCUCCUUCAAGAAGCCCCCCCUCAGGCGCCCACACAGCGUCAUCGGGGGCACCCUGGGGUCCUUCAUGGCCAUGCCACGCAACGGCAGCCGCCUCGAUAUAGUCCAUGAGAACCUGAAGAUGGGCUCUGACGGGGAGAGUGACCAGGCCUCAGGGACCUCCUCAGAUGAGGUGCAGUCUCCCACCGGAGUGUGUCUCAGGACCCGGAUCAACCGCCGCAUCUCCAUGGAGGACCUGAAUAAGCGUCUCUCUCUGCCGGCUGAUAUCCGGAUCCCUGACGGGUACUUGGAGAAACUGCAGCUCAGCAGCCCCUCGUUCGACCAGCCUCUCAGCCGCCGCUCACGCAGAGCCUCACUGUCGGAAAUUGGGUUUGGAAAACUGGAGACCUACAUUAAACUGGACAAGCUGGGAGAGGGUACCUAUGCCACGGUGUACAAGGGCAGGAGUAAGCUGACGGACAACCUGGUGGCCCUGAAGGAGAUCAGACUGGAGCACGAGGAGGGGGCGCCCUGCACUGCCAUCAGAGAGGUGUCAUUGCUGAAGGACUUGAAGCAUGCCAACAUUGUGACGUUACAUGACAUCGUCCACACGGAAAAAUCCCUGACGCUGGUCUUUGAAUACUUGGAUAAGGACCUGAAGCAGUACAUGGAUGACUGUGGGAACAUCAUGAGCAUGCACAACGUCAAAAUCUUCCUGUUUCAGAUCCUGCGGGGUUUGGCCUACUGUCACAAGCGAAAGGUUCUGCACAGAGACCUCAAGCCACAGAACCUCCUCAUCAACGAGAGAGGAGAACUCAAACUUGCCGACUUUGGUCUGGCCAGGGCUAAGUCAGUGCCCACUAAAACGUACUCUAAUGAGGUGGUGACGCUCUGGUACAGACCUCCAGACGUGCUGCUGGGAUCCUCCGAGUACUCCACUCAAAUAGACAUGUGGGGAGUUGGGUGUAUAUUCUAUGAGAUGGCUGCUGGUCGGCCUCUGUUCCCUGGAUCCACCGUGGAGGAUGAACUGCAUCUUAUCUUCAGACUACUAGGCACACCAACUGAAGAGAGCUGGUCAGGGAUCUCCUCCAUCGAUGAGUUCAAGUCCCACAAGUUCCCCAAAUACAAACCUCAGCCCUUCAUCAACCAUGCACCCAGGUUGGACACAGAAGGCAUCGAGCUGUUGCUGUCGUUUUUGCGGUAUGAGUCAAAGAAGAGGAUCUCUGCUGAUGAUUCCAUGAAGCACGCUUACUUCAAGAGUUUGGGGAUGCGAGUGCACACACUGCCAGAGAUCGUAUCAAUAUUCACGCUUAAGGAGGUCCAGUUGCAGAGAGACCCUGGAUACAGGAACACCUCCUACCCAGAGACUGGAAACGGCAAGAACAGAAGACAAAGCAUGCUCUUCUAAGCUGAGCCCUCACCUUGACACAGACACACACACACACACACACCUUGACACACACGUCUGCACAAACACACACUCUCCUGGAGGUUCUCUGAAUCAGGAUGAAGACUUUGGGACUCAGGUGGAAAGGCCUCAAGUGAAGGUGUGAGUGGAUAUAGGGGAGAGGGGGAGUGCUGAUAGAAACCCUCUGCCCUUCCAAGCGCGCACACACACACACACACACACACACACACACACACACUCAGACACACACUCUCACCCAGACACAUACACACAAGGCUCCGCCAGGCCCCACUCCCCAGCCACCUUUUCAAAGACUGAGGAUCAAACUGUGUGUGUGUGUGUUUGUGUGUGUGUGUGUGUGUGUGUGUGUGUGUGUGUGUGCUUAUUUAUUUGGAGAUGGAGUUUGGAUGUUAGGGGGUGUGUUGUUUUGCUGCUAAACAACUACUGUCUCUAUUUAACAAACAGUUCUAACGAUGAUGACAUCAUACACGGUCACCAUGGACACGAGACCCUCCACAAGGGCCUGUGUGUCCAUUCUCACUUAUUGUUAUAUAUAUUUUUUAAAACAAUGACGAAUAAUUCUACUCUGUUCAUAAUGUUGAUAUUGCCAUUGUUGAUGUUUGUUUGUUGUUGUUUCUAUUUGGCUAAGAUGGAAUGCCUUUUCGAGUGUGUUUUUUAUUAUUAUUUGACUGAAUCUGUUUUGAGUUUGCUGAUGUAGUGAAGCAAGACGUCUGAAGUGAGAGUGUGUGUGUGUGUGUGUGUGUGCGCUUGCGUGCGUGUGUGUGUGUGUGUGAUCCAGCAGAGACUAUACACACACUUCCACCAGCCCACCUCCUUCCCUCCUAUUCCGCAUUUCAAAAUGAAGCUGUGCAAAAGCAGAGACUGACGUCCUGAAGACUCGGCAGAGAGCCUGGGGAGCGAGCUCGUCUGUGGGGACCAUUUCCAUUCAAGGCAGGCAUUUGUGAGCAAGCUCUUUAACGGGGACCAUGGACUUUGUAAAUGGGCUUCUUGGUGGGGACCAUACACUCCUUGGUGGGGACCAUGGGCCUUGUGAGCGAGCUCCUUGGUGGGGACUAUGGGCCUUGUGAGCGAGCUCCUUGGUGGGGACCAUGGGCCUUGUGAGCGAGCUCCUUGGUGGGGACUAUGGGCCUUGUGAGCGAGUUCCUCGGUGGGGACCAUCAGCUUGAAUACUGCCCUGUAACACAAGGACCUUGGGAGAAACAGAGCUCCCUGCGAGGGUAUGACUGUGCGCGCGCGAGUGGUUGGCUGAAAAGGUUUUCACUUUCAUUUGACUCCAUGCCGUUUACAGCACCCUUCAACUUGAAUGAAGGGGUGGGCGUGGAAAAGACAAGACAAGACAAGACAAGAAAAGAACACACACACACACACACACACACACACACACACUGGACCAUGUGAACCACACCAAACCGGACCCAGCGACCGGUCAGGCAUGCAUUCUGGACACAAAAGACUGCAGUCUUAACUAUCUCUUCCUUCCUCUAAUAGACUGCUCCUCUUCCUCACUCUCCUCAUCCUCCUUUCUUUUCCCCCAUGGUUGCAUUCCCUCUCUCCUUCGGGAUGGAAGCAUUUCUACUGCUUGCUUGAACUUAAGUGCUUGUAUGCUUCUCUUCUCUUCUCUUCUCCUCUUUUCUUGCCUUUGGAGAGCUACUUGUUUUUAUGCAUCAUGACAACUGUACAGUAGGGUUUUUUUUUCCCCUCAUGGCAGACCCCCUCUGUGUGUGUGUGUGUGUGUGUGUGUGUGUGUGUGUGUGUUUGCCUACGAGCAUGUGAGAGAAUAAGAGAUGGUGUUUGUGUGUGUGUGUUUUUGCCUACAAGCAUGUGAGAGAACGAAAGAAGGUGUGUGUGUGUGUGUGUGUGUGUGUGUGUGUUUGCCUAUGAGCAUGUGAGAAAGCGAGAGAAGGUGGGUGUGUGU